CCGGCGCCUUGGCCGCCAUGUUGAAAGCAACCAACUCUGGUCCAAAACAUUAUAAACUAAUAUGGCGAAACUUGUAUUUCAUAAAUUUAAAUAAGUAUAUCGUCGUUAUUUUAUGGUGGAUUUUAUUGAAAUUUUCAGGACGUACUAAAGAAAGGUAUAUUAUUCAUUUUAUUAUAAUAAAAGCUUAUUUAAUAAUGCUAAAUAAUUAAUAAUGAAAAAUAGUCGACAAACAAUGCAGCAUUUUGACACAGUUGACAAAAUCAACUGAGUGGCAUAUUAUUUUAAGGCAAACAAUAGUAUAGGUGUGUUCAACAAAUAUAAAUGAACUUGGAUACAGAAUAACUUUCAAACAUAUAAUUCAUAUAAAGGGACCGUUCAUUAAUUACAGUAUAGAUGGAGUGGUGCAUGCAAACUCCGGUUUUUCAUCUCCGGCUCCGGCUCCAGCUCCGGCCGAAUUACAGCUCUGAGCUCCGGCUCCGGCCACAUCAUAAAAUAUUAAAUAAAUAUUUUACGAUCAGAGAACAUUUAUUAAUAUUAUUAUGAAUAACCCUUUUUGCGCUUCCUAAUUAUCAGAUAACAUAACUCAGGAAACAAAACAGUGAAAACACUUAACCACACAGAAAAUAUCUAUAUGGAAACCAGCCUCGAAAAAUCUUUGACAUGAGGCAUGACGCGAGGCAUGACGCUAACACUCUCAGACUCCACAGCGCAAUUGUUCGCACGCAAACAAAAUACUCUGCCAUUUUGAAAAGGUAGAUAUUUAUUUGUUUUGUACUUUUUCGUUACCUACAAGGCAUGAAUACACAGACUACAGUAUGUAGCGCUAAGUCAGAUGGCUUCAUGAAAGCAUGACGUUUGUAAGUUGCGAUCGUAUUACAGCUUUUCGACGCUGUUCCUGUGGGCUGUGGCAGUUUGAGUCUAUGAUGAAUUCAUUAACAGCAAUUGGCAGUUUGCAGUAACUAACAAUCGUUUGACAUUUGUCUCAUUUAUAUUGUUUUCUUGUCAUUUUGCCGGAGCUGGGAAUACGUAACUCCGGCUCCGGGCUCCGGCAUACAAAAUUCUGCUCCGGCGUCGGAAAAACCGCCGGAGCUCCGGCAAAACUCCGGCUCCGGCAACUCCGGCACACAGCACUAGGGGGGGGGAGGAAAACUGGGUGGCUCCAAAAUAAUUGCCAGGAACAAGGGGAGGGGCAUCAAACAUUUUUUGUGUAUUGAGGGGAGGGGGCUCAGAAACUCAUUAAUUGUAUAAAAGAGAAAACUAUCAUCACAUACAAAAGUUUCCCAAUUGGUUUUGUAUGAACAGUUGUUGCAAAAACAAAAUGUUAAAGGAUCAUUAGACAAUGAUAAAGCUUUAUAUAUUGCCCUAUAAAAUAAUGUCAACUCAAUUUCUGUAAUUAAAAUUUAUUUAGUAAUUAAUUUAAAUAAUGUCAACUCAAUUUCUGUAUUAUUAUUCCAACAUUUACAUACAGUGGUGGUCACUUCCUGAAGAGGGGGGCUUGAAACAUUUUCUCAAGUAAUGGGGGGGGGGGGCACGAAAAAGAUUUUAAUUUCCUGAAGAGGGGGGCUUGAAACAUUUUCUCAAGUAAUGGGGGGGGGGGGCACGAAAAAGAUUUUAAUUUAAGGGGGUGGGUCAAAAAAAAUUUAAUAAAUGUUUAGUUUUACUGCAGCCCACCCGUAUGUAUAAUCAAUGAAUGGUCCCCAAAAGUCUGUGAAAUGAGAUCGAGAUCUUGCAUUCCAGUUUUGAACCAUACCGAACUAAUAUCAAAGUGUUUUUUACAUUUUUUUUGGGCUUGUACAACUUGUACACAGUAGAAUACACUAGAUGUUAAAGUUUCAUUUACUUGUAAAAAAACACUUCAACUUGCAUGCAUCAAAGUCAGAUUUUGUUGCAAGUUGAACCAGUUUUAUUGCCUGAUAUAUUAUACUCUGCCAACAAGUUACCCUUGGUGAUAGCAAACAAUAUUAUACUUGGUGCUAAAUGUAACAUAAACUUGAGUAUAACAGAGAAAAUUCUCAUCUUCAGAUUUAUAUUUUCCCCUUCAUUGUAGAGUAAACUGUUAAUUAAACACAAUCUUAAGAACUAGAGACAGUAGAGUGUAUAUUAGAAUCUUCUCACAGAUUUAUAAUUUAGAACUGUCAUAAAUCAGGACUUCUAUUGUCUGUUUUGUGCAAUAUUUUUUAUAUUAAAUGAUUGCAGUCCAAUAUGCCAAGUUAAUAUUUCAAUGCUCUUGGUGAGUACCAUCAAAGUUUGAUCAGUUGAUCACAGAUUCACAAAGGUUCGAUGAACUAGUUUAUUUCCUUCAUUGUUCAUGGUGUGCAGCACGUCCUUAAUCCUUUUAUACACCAUGACAUAUCAGCAACUUAUCACUAAAAACAUGUCUUACGGCGAGGAAUAACUACAAAGAAGCUAUAUAACUUGUAGUUUAAGGUUUAUCCACUAUUCGUCUAUUCGCCGAUGACCGAGGUGAAAUUAAUCGAUGUAUGCUGUAUAUUUACUGUUCUAAAUUUCAUGUUGUAAACAUCUUGCCCCAAAAAAGCAAAGGAGUAUAUUUUAUAAUAAUUGAUCAUUUUCUAAUUCCUAUCUCAUGAAAAUUGGUUAUAAUAUAGAUAUGUACUAAUUUAGUAAAUAUUUUUUUUCUGGUUUUUAUAUAAAUUUAUGGAGAUAUUGCCCCUGUAGGUGAUGAGUGACAUGAAAAACAAAGUGUCACUGCUUUACAAAUAAAAAUUCUCAUUGAAAAAACUAAUGAUGUAUAUAGGUAUGCAAGUUCAUUUAAACUAAAUUUGGUCAAUCAUAUAUCACUUUAGUCUCCUAUGCAGACCUACUUUAGCGGGUUUGGGCCGCCACGUACGGUCUGCUUACUUUGGCUAGCAAUUCGCCUUCCCAUUGUAUUCCAUUAGCCAAUAGCAUUCAAAUACACUAGACACACCCACUUUGAAUGUCAACUGUAAAGUGUAAUCAAGGAGCGUGCGAUAAUUGAAUAAUAAUAUCAUUUAAUAAUACGCUAUAUACGUAUUUAAAUGGCCAUAAAUGUGAACAGAUCGAGUUUUCUGAUCAAUAGCAGUUGAAGUAGAAAAUAUUGAAUAUUUUUCCAACGAAUGUACGCAAUAGGUCGAAGGCUUAAAUGUAUAUAAAACUAUUCACUGGUAAUACUUGUUUUGAACUUGAUGCGACUGCGUGACGGCAUGUAUAUUCAAUAUAUACUAUAAGUUUCCAAACGUUCAAUAUCAGAGCGACUUUUGUAAUUACGAUUUUAUUAAACUUUGUAAACUGGCUAGUCAUAUACAAACUUAGAAACCGAAAUGUGCAAUGAAUCAAUUUAGUAUUUUAUAUAGGCUGAAUUCUGUAAUCUUCAUGCAAUUAGUAUUUAUAAAUCUAUUAUCUACACCUGCAGUAUUAAAAUGUACACUGUAACUUUAUAACUUUGUCUUGACGUCUUUGUCCAGUAUAUUACCCGUGUUACAGUAACACCUGCAAACGCUUGUAAAGUAAUAAAAACAUCGCGAAAUAUUUUAGGUGAUAUUGUUCGAUUUUACUACACUGUCUGUUCAAAACAAUAGCUCGACAAAUUCUAACAGAUUUUACGAUUGUUCCAUAUUGUAAAUUUGUAGACUGGUAUAUAUGUAUAACAAAUCACUGUGAACAAAUAUAUCUCUCAGCUCUCGCAGAUAAUCGGUUUAAGAUAUGAAUACUUACAAAUGAAGAUAUGAAAUGUUCAAGAUUAAAUGUUUUGAAACUAUUGACGACCCAAGCCUCAAGGUCAAAGGUCAAGCCCCACAAUUCUCGUGGGUAAAGCUGUGAUUGGCUAAUUUUGAGGAAAGGAAUUCUUGGCCAAAGUAAGCAUACCUUACGUGAGGGCUCAGCCCGCUAAGUAGGUAUGCGUAGGAGACUAAUAUCACAUGUGUGCACGGUUGAAAAGACCAGAUUUUUUCAUGCAACUGUUUCCGAGAUAUUGCCAUUUUGGUGAAAGCUCUUGAAUAUUUCAAUCACAUAUUCGCCAUAUUGCUUGGGCUUUGGGAGGUAGAAACAUUGUAACAGCUUGCAUGUUAAUGAAUUAAAUUAAUUAAUGAUAUAUCCUGGCAACUUUUAGCACAUCCUCAUUGGCAAAGCUGCAAACAUUUACUGUACGUUUGAAAUGAUAAAGACUUUUCUUACCCGAUUUCCUUUGGAUCCUAUUGGCCCAAAUUCACCUUUUUCUCCCUAAGUCAGAAGAAUGCGAAACAUCAAUGUCUGUACAAAAACGUACAUCAUAAACAUGAAUUACAUAACAUGGAGUUGGAAAAUUGCAAUCACGAAUGUUGUUACCACAAAAGUUUAACAAGCGUUAAAACUUCAGCACAAUGAAUUAUCCAGGCUGAAAUUUUUCGUUUCUUUCAAUACUGUACCUUUGGUCCGAUAUCGCCUAGUGGUCCUUCAUCACCAGGAUGUCCCUAGAAUUGAUCAAAAAGUUAAAUAUAUUCCACUCGGAAGCAGAACUGAGAUAAAAUACUGCACACUAUAUGUGAACUACUUUGGAAAACAUACUGAGCUAAAGAAUUUACUAAUGACGUUUGUUAGUAGGGCAUUAAUUCAUUAAAUUAACGCGCAAUGCGCCCUCAAAUGACACCUCAACUUGCAGGCAUGAUAUUUGAGCACGUGUUUAUCGGGUUGCCUAGCAACGGAUACGAAAAUAGAACGUGAAAUUCGAGCUUUUCAACGGUGUAUCAUGCAAGAAAAUCGGUCAGAAACUCGCAAAGUUUUUCAAGUUUAAAAUUUUAGUUUUUCAAAAAUAAUGAACAAUGGCCAUACUGUUGCAAAGAAGGAUUUUACAGCAAGUUUUAAAAGCAAAAAAAGAAGAGGUUUUUGAAUGAUCUACAACGAAAAUUUGGCACUAGUCUAGGACCUGUAUAUGAGUUUGUAUGCGUUUCAUUUAGCACAGGUAAUCUCAACUGUUUUAGGGUAAAAUGACCAUGGCGGUCAACAUGGCAUAUGUGCCAAAAGCUGAAUCCGGGACGAAAGUCCUGAAAAUGACCCCGCCCUGAAACGGCAGUGUCGACAUAGCUCUAACUUCAGAAAACAAAAAGCGAUAGUCUUUCUGAAGUGCUUAUAGUGUUUGGAAGGGUUGCUUUUAGGGGUGGUCAUUGGAAGAAAAAUUUGUCCAAGUAUAAUAUUUUACAAGAAAAUGACCAUGCACCACCCCAGGUAAAUUGCUGAUUAUGCAUAAAAUAACUAAUAUGCCUGGCAGAAAUUAAAUAUUCUUAUUUCCUAAAAAAAAUUAUCAUGGGGUUAAAAACUAUGCUUAAUUUAAUGUAAAUAUUGUUGAUUUCAUAAGGAUUGUCAUUGUUUUCUUUAAAUAUAAUAAAUUUUAUUUCACUUACCCCCCACGAAAACACGAUUUCAGCCAUAUUUUGCUGUCUUGUUUGCUUUUUAUCGCCGAAUCACGCAAAUAUCAUCCAGUUAUUGUACUUUUACAUAAUCAUAAAUGGCUGAAGAAGAUUUCAAAGAAGGUUUCAUCCACUUUUGAAACAGUGCAGUGUAUUUUAUCUUCGAUAAUGUGUCCUUCGAUAUCUCGUCAAAUUGCCGCCAUUUUAGGGGUCACGUCCAUAUUCAUAUUGCCACGCAUAACGUCGAAUCGACGUUAUGAGUGGGUGGGUGGGUUUAUCUUAAUUCUCUCGACGUUAUCUCAAUAAUCUCGUGGCAAAAUGACAAUUUUGUGAAAGUUUUGAAGAAUGUGACUGCCACGCUCGACGUUAUUUAGGGUGGGUGGGUGGGUUUGAGUGUUAACGUCGAUUCGACGUUAUGCGUGGCAACAUGAAUAUGGACGUGACCCCUUAAUGGCUCGCCGCUUGAAUCUAAAUACAUAUGAAAACGAAGAAGUGGCAUUUAUCGGGCAGAGAAUCUCUGCCCGAUAAAUGCCACUUCUUCGUUUUCAUAUGUAUUUAGAUUACAUUAUCCAAGAGUACUUCAUUGUAGAAUAGUCCCAAUCCAAAAAUUGGAAAUAUUAUUUGUACUUGGGAGGAAAAAACCUCCCAGUACAAUUGUCCUGUUAGAAUUCAAAAGAAAUAAUUUAAAAGUCACGCGCAAGUUCGCGAAAACACCUCGUGGGUUACAUAACGGGGGUGAAUAUUUUCACGAAACGUUUGUUCGCCACCACAGGCCACAGCAACCUAAGUUAGGUACAUUAUAUUUAUUGUAUAUUUGUGAUUUUUGAUAAAAACAAUAAAUAUUUGUGUAUAUUUAUCAUCAAUUAUAAAAAUACAAAAAAUAUAAUACAUUUAGUUAGGUUGCUGUGGUGGCGAACAAACGUUUCGUGAAAAUAUUCACCCCCCCUGUUAUGUAACCCACGAGGUGUUUUCGCGAACUUGCGCGUGACUUUUAAAUUAUUUCUUUUGAAUUCUAACAGGACAAUUGUACUGGGAGGUUUUUUCCUCCCAAGUACAAAUAAUAUUUCCAAUUUUUGGAUUGGGACUAUUCUACAAUGAAGUACUCUUGGAUAAUGUAAUCUAAAUACAUAUGAAAACGAAGAAGUGGCAUUUAUCGGGCAGAGAAGCGGCGAGCCAUUAAAAUGGCGGCAAUUUGACGAGAUAUCGAAGGACACAUUAUCGAAGAUAAAAUACACUGCACUGUUUCAAAAGUGGAUGAAACCUUCUUUGAAAUCUUCUUCAGCCAUUUAUGAUUAUGUAAAAGUACAAUAACUGGAUGAUAUUUGCGUGAUUCGGCGAUAAAAAGGAAACAAGACGGCAAAAUAUGGCUGAAAUCCCGUUUUCGUGGGGGGUAAGUGAAAUAAAAUUUAUUAUAUUUAAAGAAAACAAUGACAAUCCUUAUGAAAUCAACAAUAUUUACAUUAAAUUAAGCAUAGUUUUUAACCCCAUGAUAAUUUUUUUUAGGAAAUAAGAAUAUUUAAUUUCUGCCAGGCACAUUAGUUAUUUUAUGCAUAAUCAGCAAUUUACCUGGGGUGGUGCAUGGUCAUUUUCUUGUAAAAUAUUAUACUUGGACAAAUUUUUCUUCCAAUGACCACCCCUAAAAGCAACCCUUCCAAACACUAUAAGCACUUCAGAAAGACUAUCGCUUUUUGUUUUCUGAAAUUAGAGCUAUGUCGACACUGCCGUUUCAGGGCGGGGUCAUUGUCAGGACUUUUGUCCCGGAUUCAGCUUUUGGCACAUAUGCCAUGUUGACCGCCAUGGUCAUUUUACCCUAAAACAGUUGAGAUUACCUGUGCUAAUGCACAUAUCAACGGCCUGCCCUGGGGGUACACCCCCGGGACACCCCGGGACUUUGAAAAAACAUGAUUCUAAUGCAUUAAUUCCCCCUCCCUCCCCCGGGAAAUGUGUAAGUCAAACUGCCCUCCCCCUGGGGCUUGGAAUAAAGUAGUUCAUAAUAUAAAUAGCAUAAAAAAAAAUUAAAAAUUAUCAUACAAACUGGGGUAUCACAAUGGCACUCAUGUAUUCUGUAUUUAUUUAUUCAAAUUUUAGCAAGAUCACUACAAAAUAUCAUAAAUCAUAAGUUGGCGAUCGAUAUUUUUCUUUGUGAGCCUGCGAUUUUGAGUUUGCACCAAUUGUACACUUCAUUUAUAAAAUUCAAAUUGUCAUGUCAAAGUCCCCUACUUCCCCUCCCCCCGUCCUAUUAUUGCAAAGUUUGUAAUUUCCCCGGGGUUCACGGGCAGAAUACACGGAUAAAAUACCAAAUUCCCCCUCGUUUCCCCCCGGUUGUCCCGGGGGUGUACCCCCCGGGCAGGCCGUUGAUAUGUGCAUAAAUGAAAUGCAUACAAACUCAUAUACAGGUCCUAGACUACACGAAAUUAAAGCAUAAUGUAGUGACGUUUUGCCAAAAAGAUGAGGAUUUCUCCAAACUUUAUCAAAAAUAGAAGUUGGAAAUCACGAGAAAUAUGAACACGGAAUACAAGUGAGCAAAUACGAUAUUUUUAAGGGUAAUUUUGAGUAGAAAUAUGCGAUCAAACACUCACCACUGACUCACCACUUAUUAAAUUUGGUGGUAUCCAUAUCUAGUUUUAACUCUUUAUCGACAAGCGACAUUUUGACGAUUUUACGACUCAAUUGUUUAUAACGUAAAUAUCUCAGCGCGUAUUCACCCCCCUUUAAAACAAAGAAUACCAUUGAAAUCCUAAUAAAAUAACCUUUUCAAUGGGGGGUCGAAUGCCAUCAAAGCAUCACACAAACCGAAACAAUCAUAUAUUUACUCACCGCUUGGCCAAACAUUCGGAAUUUUGUUUCCACAAUAGCGUGAAUAACUUGUGAAUUCUUCAGAGUUCGCCACAAAUCAAUAUGAGCGAAAUAUUUGUUGUAUUCAAGCGCUUUUAUAUCCAGAAUUUCACUUGAAUACAGCCAGUCAAAUGUUGAUUUUGAGUUUUAAAGAGUAGUAAAAAUAUCGGGUUUUUCUCGCACGCGCCUGCCACACGCUAAAAUUGGCGAAUAAGAAGUACCCGUAGCCCGAUGCACGUGCAAAUCAUGCUGCAGACACUGAACUAUAUAACAUGGAAGUGUCAUUCUCAGUCCCCUUACGUGCGCGGUCAACAAAACUUUUAUAUUUUUCUUUACUUUCCGAGUAAAAAUCUGGUGAAAAACAGACGAAAUUUGAAUGAAAAGUUGAAUUCUGGUGUUUUGUUUGGGUUCGGUUAUAAAUUUUAAUUAUUAUUUGUUUAGGAGAUGUGAUAUUUGAGUGGAAAGAAAGCAAAAUAGCGCGGGAUUGCUGUUUUUGUAAAAUGACAAGGAGUGACAAAACAAAACACAAAGUCACUCAAUCUUUCAAAAUAUCUCUAUUGCCCCUAUCGACAAGAGUUUCACACACAUGAAUAACUCAUUAAAAUGAACAGUUUAAGUUUAUAAGGCAAACAUCAAAGUGAUUUUAUUAAAUAGAAAAUAAAAAAACAAAAUUUUCUACAUGUAUGGAAUUAAAUUGGCUAAAAACUGCCUCGAAAACUGCAGUUAAAAAGCAGUUUUAGGUCAGGAAAACCGACUAAAAUAAGCUAAAUAAUGGUGUGAAAACUGAAAAGCACCAUAGAAACAAGAAACGAAACAACCAAAGCAAAAAUAAAUUGCCAAUUUAUAAAAAUACAGAUUUUAUAUAAAAAAAAUCAAAAAAGUUUGAAAUUAGUUGUUGAAUUCGCAACGAAAAAUACAGAUUUACUCACACAUACAGUGGGAAAAUGCAGUAGACAGAUCGAGUAGAUGAAGGAAAUCAGGUUUACAUAAAAUAAAUGAAGUUUAUUUCCUUUUUUGCUCUUUUAAAAUGAAGAAAAACACAACCCGAGAAUCGCGGACCAUCACUUCCCGCCAUGACAAUACAAAAAAUGUUUGGCCGCGCGGGUAGGGGACUGAGAAUGACGCGCAAGAAUGGCUUCAAUUUUUUCCUUCCGGUACGCCCAUGCAGCCACUUUACAUUAUGACCGGUUCCUUAACCCCAAUGCUAAUGACAGUGAUGAUUAAUCACUUUGGCAUACCCAAAAUUGUGCCAGUUCGCAGCUUAGGAGGUUAUACUAAGCUCCCAACCUGCGAACAGGUUAAUUUUACUCUACAGAACAGCCAUAACUCUAAAGUCUGGUUCACAUAUAUGCCUGCGACAUACAGGCGACGAUGCCGGUGGUAGCUUAAAACGUGAAUUAUGUGAAUAUUUGUUCGCCGAUUGCCUCCAGUGCCUCAGUUACAUCAGCGGUAGGCCGGGAAAGUUGACUUGAGUUCAACUUUCCCGGUAUUUCGGCGGCAAGUUGAGGCAUAAUGAUACAGUCGCAGGCAUGCCGCAGGCAUGCCGCAGGCAUGCCGCAGGCAUAUGUGAACCAGGCUUAAGUAUGGUUAUGCGAUUGUGUACCUACCGGGAUGCCUUGAUAUCCUCGUUGUCCAGUGGGGCCUCGUACACCCUAGAAAAAGAAAAUUCCAUUUGUCAUUUGGUAAGACAAUCUUCACAACAUUGCUGGCACAACGAUCUGCCAAGAAUGUGUGUGUGGGGCAAGCAGUAUUAACCUUUCUCACGCCGCCAUUUUUGGGGUACUGUAAUUUUUUGUAACAAACUAUUCACAAUUUACCAUCAUACACCCCUAAAAUUAUAAAAUGUCGCCGUUACGUGGUGUUAUGCAUGAGUCAAUUCCAGGAGUAACCACACACCCCCCCCCCGGGAACACCCCCAGACAUUUGAUUUGAUUGGUUAUGAUAGUGUAAAUGCCCGGGUACCGGGACACAACUUGAAGACUAAUGCACGGCCCCUGGGCAAGCUGAGAGUGGAAAAUGCCCCACCCUGGGGACAAUUUUACUGUAAACGUUAAUUAAACUUUUAAUGGCAUAUAAUCAUAGUCAUUUAAUAACAUUGUAGUAUUAAACUGCUAUGGAAUAUUAUAAAACAUAAACCUUUAAUAGUUGUAUUUAAAUUUGCAUGGCACAGGGUAUAAUUUUCGCUUAUUCUCACAAUAAAUUUCACGCCACCUUGACCACGAGGGCGCAAAAUACGAUCAGCGCGCCCACAUGCGUGACUGAAACUAGGUUUUGCUGCCUUAAAAUUUGUGGGUGGGAUUUUGGGUAAUCGUUCCAUGUUUCGCGCACCAAUAUAGUAAACGUUAUGUAAUGGAUAUUAGAGUGUACUAAAAAGUUAACUGGAUACCUCCAUAUACAUAUAUACACACUCUAACCCUAUCCCUAACCUUAAACCUAACCCUAUUAACCCCUAACCUAACCCCUAACCCUAAUACCUAACCCCUAACCCUAACUUAUAUUGGUGCGCGAAACAUGGAACGAUAACCGGAUUUUGGUUUUGAUUUUCGCCCGUUUAACCAAUCUCGUUCCCCGAGCCUGCGAUCCUCGGGAAGGAACCAUCUAUGGAAGGAACGCGAGGCUCUGGGAUAAUCCGUUGCCGGAAGCCAGGAAUCCUGGCUAAGAUUGAACUACGCAUUCCAUUUCAACGGCCAAUCAGAUUCCUCCCUGAAACGGAUUAUCCCAACGUUCCUUCCCGAGGAUCGCAGGCUCGGGGAACGAGAUUGCCGUUUAACAAUAACGUAAUAUGGGCCGCUUGGAAAUGUUACGACGUUAUACAUUCUCGAGCCCAGAGCCCUCCUUUCGCGCGGUGCGACGAGGGCUCUGGCCAAAUCCAUAUCCGAACUGGCAUCUGAUUGGCUAGUUCUAACACCGGAUAUUGUUUUCUUACCAUGUUUUUAUGGUAUCCGGUUAUGGAUUUGGCCAGAGUCCCUCGUCGCGCUCCGUUGAACGUGCGUAAGAAGGGCUCUGGGUACGAGAAUGGACGUUAUAGUGCCCCCUGGGAAUGUUUUGCCCCCAGGCUCCUGGCAAUCUCUCUGCGGCCCAGUGCCUGGACACAAGGCUAUCAUUAGUUAGUCAUAAACCUGACCCUAACCUAACCCUAAUUUUAACACCAUCUGACUGCUUUAACCUACUUUAAAUUACUUCAAACUAUUAUGUGUUCCUUAUACGAAGUAACUCAAUAAAUGCAAGAACGUCGUUGCGCCGUGGUUAAUCAGUCUAAACCAUGCAAACAAACCAAUUAACAAUUUCGACAACAGAAUAGUGAUGAUGAAGAUCCACAAAGUAGCAACACUAUAACCUUCAGAGUAUAAUAUUAUAUGGUAACAAUUAGGAUACAAGACCAACGACCAAAGAUGGAAAGCAAUCCAACAUCCAAACAAGCAGCACCACCAAAGGGAGCUCAUCUGUCAUACUCAGGCAUUGAAAAGCAGUUGACACCCUUAUCCAACGCCACCAUUUUGUCACCCAACCAUAUGAACAACAAUCCACAUCAGAAUCGGUAGUGUAACAUAUAAUGAAAAGAACCCACCACAAAGUAUUCCAAGGUACAAAUUUCACCAAGUGGUGCUAAGUAUUGACACGUCCGUCCAACCUAAAGUCCAAACUCAAACAAGGAUCCAUUCUCAAAAAGAAACCAAUUUGAUGAAAUUACAUAGGAGCUUCAAGACGCCGACAUCAUAGACAAAGAGGCAGAAGAAGGACCAAUUAAGUGGAUAACUAAUGCAGUAUUUAUCCCAAAAGCAGAUCCCAUUCAAAGUCGACGUCUGCGCGCAGGCUACGCAUUUCACUAAACCGGAGCUGGAACUAAAUCCAGACUCGAGAUACAUAUGACAAUAUUAAUUCUGCACCAUAGACGAUUUUGUCGUUUCAAACAAUUGAAUUUUGGAACACACACAGCGGGAGAAAUAUUUUAUCGAGAUAUUUAUCAAAUUUUGAGCAAAAAAUGCCGCAAAUCAGUAUAUAAGAUGUAAGAAAUUUCCUGCAAGAUCAGAUGUAAGAUCAUUUCCUGCGCAGUGGUGCUGCUGGCCAUUUUCCAGCACUGCCACAGACUCGUCACGUUCUUGAAAAAAUUGAAAAGAGAUGACUUCUACACUGAAACUUCAAAACCCUCAACAGACGACGUGCCAGCGGCGAAUCCAACAUUGUUCCACAAGAGGGAAGACCCUGGGAACCCAUGAGGAUUUCUUUUCAUACUUUAUUUCUUUCUUGCACAUGUAAUUCCAAUCAACCCAUAUUAUCCGUAACAGUUUGUUCUUGCAUUGAUAUUGUGCAUAUAUCAAUAGGAACAAAACCAAUUCAUUCAUAUUUGUGAUUGCAUAUAUGUAGAGAAAAUGUUGUUUCAAAACAAGGACGAUGAAGUUGUAACAAGUUGUGAAGUACGUUACAAAAUCCUGAAUUUUUAAACGCCGGGAACUGCAGCAGUGCGGCACAACCCAGAAGAGAACCAUUAAUAAACGAAAUUGAAUCACCGAAUGCUAAAGUUUUACCUGACGAAAGGGAGAUGCGAUACUGGUUACUGGUUCAAUAUUUGCAUUUUUUCCGAUAUCGAUAUUUCGGCGAUAAAAAACAUAUAACAAUAAGCGAAACAACAAAAGGCAUUUUUUUAUGCUUUGGUAAUAGAAAAGAAUCUUAGGUAACAUAAACGAAUCUUAGGUAAAAUAAACGAAUCUUAGGUAAUAUAAAAAAUAACUAAACUUUCAUCCAUCGUUUACUUUUCUUGGUUAGUACUUCAUCUUGCAUGGAUACUGCCAUAGAUCAUUUGCAGCAAACCAAUAUACACGCAUAACUUCGAGCUCAAUUUUUAAUUUGCUUUGAAUUUUAUUCAGUUCUACAUGAUGUUGAAAAUUUUAGCGCUUUCUCGAACAUAUAUGAAACUUAUAUUUAAUAAAUUCUUAGCGGCUUAAACUCUUCAUAAACCAACACAACACAAAACCCUUUAUCUAAACCAACCUUUACCUGAACCAAAACCUGACUUGUGUGUAUUAAUUUAUACGGAAGUUAUUUGUAAAGUCGUGCAUAUAUGCCUGUUUUCAAAAGAAUGAAGUUAGGGCAAUGCAUCAUGCAACUAUAAUUAAUGAUGUCUUCAGUAAUCCUACAUUCCAUUCUACAGAUGUUUAUACCAUCAUGACCCAUAUUCACAGGUCUUCACAUUCUUCUUUGAUACUUUAUAUGUACAUAUAAAACGUUCGCCGCCCGAGAACAAUCCUACUUAGACACAGAAUAGAGACACACAGAAGUCCAACUUCUUGGUUUACUAUGAUUUUGGCGUAACCGUGCGCUUACUAAAGACACCCCUAAAAAUAUUCAAAAUGGCGAGGGGUGAAUUCCUUUCGUAAUGGCGGGGGUGAAUGCCUCUUGUAGUGCACUUUGAUGACGAAUCAUGGCGAAGCAUGGUGUAGCAGUGGUUACGCUUUUUUUGGCUCAGUCGGACUUCUGUGUGCCUCUAUUCUGCAGUGACUGAGUUUGAUCCACCCACUUCCUGUGCGGGUGACCUGUGGCGACCACCAGUAAUUUGUUAACAUCUGGUAAACUGAACUUUCAAGCCAUUAGUAAAAAGAUCUAACACACACAGCAUGUUAUGAUUUUAAAUUGCGAACCAAACCUAUUCAUAAAUUAACAGUUCAGUCAAUUUAUUAUUAUUUCAGGUGCAUUCAGGGACUUAGUCUCCGUUCAUUUUUCGCAUGUAGGAGCUAAAGUACCGUGCAGUGAAAACCUCAUGCAGGAGUGAUGGCGAAAUAAUUGUUGAAAAGAACAGUUUGAGAUGCAGACACAGCGUUUCACUGUUCAAAAUUUCAUACAAGUUUUAUUCCAAUUAAAAUUCUAGCUAUAACUGCAGAUAUAUUUUGACAGCAAGUUAAACAAUUAUUAGGAGAUAAACAUUAUUUUCUCGGCCAUGCAUCAACUCGUUUAGCUAAUUAGCAGACUUUGCAAAUGUCUCCCACCAUCGUCAUGUCGUGUCUGGCAGUGCAGUAGUCAGGGCCUGAUCAACGUUCCGCGGGGCCCGUGGCAUAUUAUCAGCGCGCCUUGACUCCCCCUUCCAUACAGGCUCUUUAGUUGGUUUUUUGUAUACUUAACAUCCUUUAAAUAUUUAUUUAUAAAACAUAUCAGUGAAACACUGAUUGGAACUUAUUUUCAUGCUUGAAGCAUUGUACUAGCCUCAUCACAAGCAUUACACUUGCCCAGGAGCUAAACUAGUCCUUCUCUCGCUUGCCCUUCAUUCAAAAAGUAUUUCACUGCUAAGUUUGUGUUGCACGUCAUGUUUUGCGCACGAAUGUAAUAGAUCAUCCCUAAAGCCCUGGGCAAACUAGGAAACAUUGUUGCGGAAACAUUUGUGAUUCUCGAUGUUUCCUCAAAUGUCCCAUGUUUGCCCACCCGUGGAAACAUUGUUGCGGAAUUUUGCUUCCUGGGAAGCAAAAAUGUUUCCUACCAAAUUCAGAAACAUUUGAUGUUUCCCUAUGUUUCUCACUAAUAAUGAGUAAUGUUAUUAUUAUUAUUAUUAAGGCUAAGGCCCUAUACUAAAUUCUUUCUGAAGUUGUCAGCAAAGAAAAUUAUUUUCUUAACUUUAAUCUGCACAUAAAUUUAGAUAAGUUCAUAUUUAAAUGAUGCCAACACAAUAUCAGAUGCCAGUCCCAAAUGUAAUUAUUAGUACGUCGCCGGUUCGCGGGCAACGGAUGUUGAUCUUACCCUUUCUCCUUUCUCGCCUUCACAUGUCGGUCUGCAUGGCGCACAACCAUUACAUGCCGCCUGAAAAAAAAUACACCAACGUUAAAAAGGACAGUCAAACUAUGUGAAACUUGGCACAAAUAUCCAUAGAUUUGAGUGGAGGGAACGUAAAAUGUGCUGAUUCUUGAAGAACCGUGGAAACGGUUUUAUUAGAUAUUGACUGGGACGUUCGGGAAACAGUAUGUUUUGUGGGCCCUUGACUGCCGACUGACUGUUGCCAAACUAGCUAUAAAAAACAGUGUGACAUUUAUAUGCGAUGUUACACACAAUUCGCAAUCGUGCAAAUGAUAAUUUGAUUGGCUUGGCAACGAUUUUCGUUUGCGAAUUGUUGUAAAAAUGCCCCAUACAUCAUCUUUAUGGGAAAAGCCGAAGUGUUUAACCGCGUUUGAGGUCAUUUUAAUAUGAAAAACAUCAGUUGUAGCUUGAAUGAUGUAUUCAUAGCUGGUAUUUCAGGUGUGUUGAACAAACUGCAUUCCGCCAGUUGCUUUGAUUUCAAAGUUGGAAACGGAUGCGUCGCAGGAAAUAUCCAAAUAAAGAAUAUUAAACACUUUGCAUUAGGGAAAGAUACCCGACUAAUCGUCUGCAGCGGUUUAAUAUUGAUUGAGGAAAAGUACAAUGGAACCUCGAAUGUUCAGACAUUGUCUAGAGUACAUGUGAUAGCUUUAUGGAGGAGAGGGGUUUAGAUCUAUAUUCAAAUGGCAGCUCGUUUGUAUGUUAUACGAUUCGUCAGAUCCAACUUUUCCCCUUGAUCCAUGCACAUGCAAUAAAAGAACACUUUUAUUGUAUCCAAUACAGUCGAACCUCCGUGUGUGACACCCUAGUGUCUUACCAGAGGUGCCCUCUUUAGGGAACGGGAGGUAUCCGUCCAUUUUUCUAACUCGCCAUUUAUUCAAAAAUCCUCAAAACCUACAAUAAAAUAAAGCGACUGCUACGCAGGCUAGCCUUUGAGAGGUCAUUAAUAUUUCAUCUUAAUUUAAUUCACCCAAGGUGUUUCAACACAGUGUAUGAUAGACUAUUUUAAAGAGAGUAAAAUUCAAAUUUUCCCACUUUAGCUUAGAGAGGUCAUAAAUUCUUACACAAUUCCUCGCAUGACGUAGAGUGUAGACUAGUUAAAAUGCAACUUGGAUUUUAGAGGUCGUAAAAGUAGUGAUAUAUAAUAGAUGUUUGGCCGGGGCCUAAGAAUGGUGCAAGCAUAAUCUUAUUUUCCUGUAUUAUUACGACGUUAUACGAAUCAUCUGACGUUAUACAUUGGGUGUAAAGAUGGUCGUAACGAGUGCAAGUUUUGAAUUCUCUUUAACUGGUAUCAUGACGAAUAAAAUUCCACUCUAUAGAUCCAUUUACUGGCCACAGUGAAGUUGUCUGCAGAAUUCACUUUCAGUUAAGUUUAGCAAAAUAUUGAAAACAAUGAAUUUUCUUAGUGCAAUUGACACAAGAUGGUAUAUAAAAGUGAAAUUGACUACGCAAUUAUUGUAUUUCAGAUGCUGAUAAAGAAGUCGUUAUUAGAGUUGAAAUAAUGUUAAAAUAUUUGAAAACCAUGAAUAUUGAUAUUAUAUUGAUACAAUUUUUCGCUUUUUUUGUACAGUAAGUGUCAUAAAUUUUUUAAAUGAAACUGAAAUAUUGAAAAAAGAAUAAAAAAUCUCAUUAGCUUGAGAUCACUCAAGUGUUUCUAAAAUAAAGUAUUACAAAUGUUUGCGAGUUCCCAGGAUCCAAGGUAUUAUCUCACGUUCCAUUCAUUCCAUGUUUUGGACCACAUGUUAUUAUUUAAGGUCAUUUCGCAUAUUGUUAAGGUGUUAGGGUUGGGCGUUUGGUAUUUUGGUGUGGUCAAUUAUUCACAUCCGUAUAUGGGAGCUGCUAUCGAUCCCAAGAUAGUGCAUGUUUAUUUUAAGAACUUUCUUAAGGUGUUCUUAAAGCAUUCCAAAGAACCAUUAGAAAUCCUAUAUAACACUUGCAUGCAAGGUGCGGUUAGACGUCUUUGCUGCAAUCAUCAAUAGUCAUCACUGUCUAAAUAAGACUGAUUAAAUUCACAUGUGUCUGACAUGUCACCUAUAGCCGCCUAAGUAUAUAACAAAUAACAUUAACACACCCAAAAUAAUCUCUCGACUCGAUUUACUAUGAGAGUCCAAGAAACCGUUUCCAUGCAAGGUUCGUGCUACCACAAAUAUAUUCGUUAAUUUCCGAAUGAAAACGUUGUUUCUGGCGUGAGCCCCAAGUCUCCAGGAGGUGCAGAUACGAAUCUAUCAUUAGUCGCAACUGGGGAAAAAUACUUUAUGUUCUAAACAUUCAUUGAAAGACCACACCGAACUUGAAAUGAAAAUCAAAACAAUCAUGCAUUGUUUGUUAUUUCAGGUAAAAACGUGUCGGGAUGAACCUAUAAUGCCUUAUCGGUUGCCAACGGAUUUUAUUAUUCGAGGGAAGUUACCACAAAUUACAUUUGUCGUUUCAUGCUGCCGCAUUUUGAGGAUAUUGCGAGGCAAUCCUAUAUCUCGUAAAUUGCACAAUUUACACGUUGCGAAGUAUAUAACUGUUAAACCGCAAAACCACAAAACAGUACUUAGGCACUUUGUAAAAAAAGAUGGCGUGCAUUUUCAAAGGAAACUCGCAAUUUAUGAUAAUUAGAUGAACUUUGGUCCGCGGUAGGAUCAUAUUCCAAAAAGAGGUUUAAUUUCGUAUCUUGUGUUUCAUGCAAAUUUCAUAUCAAUGCAUGGACAAAAUAGAAAUGAUUCACGUACGAGUAAUCGAGUAUGUAUGUAUUCAGACGGCAAACAACGUUCCAAUUUGUACAGAUUUCUAACCUUUCUAUAACAUUUUUGUCUAAUUUUCAGAACUUUGAAGUUCGAAAUGACUCAACGCUUAUGCUGCAUGAAAACAAAUUCGUGUGAUACUGAAGAAAAAUUCUAAUCAAUCUAAAACAAUAAAUUGUUUUGAUCAGGAACCUUAGUAAAUUACAAGUCCAUUGUUAAAAUAACGACUACAUAGAUUGCGCAUAUAACAUACGGUGGUUUUAAAAUGAAUUGCGGUUUGAACAGGAUGCAUGUGCAUUGAAGUUGUUGAAGGAAAUGCCUAUAAACGAUCCAGGGCUUGUUGGAUUUGGCCAAGACUUCCGCACUAUCUUUGAAAUAGAUACGGAAAUAUUGAGAACAAUAGUGUUAUUGAUUCGUUGCCAAGAUUUCAUUCUGUAAUUCACUCAGAAAAUUGACUAAAUUUAUUAUUUCCUCAAUAUUUUUGGUCAAAAUACUCAAGAGUUUUUUUUUAGUGUGAUACCAGGCUGCUGCGCUUCCGCCAGAAUGAGUGCAGGCAUAUAUCUAUACACGACGCAUGUUUAUACCAUCUUAAAUAUAUUAACUUCAUUACAUUAUACAGUAACUGUUGAAAGUUGACAAGAAUCGUUUGGAAUGAGGAAAAGAAAAGUGACAAUUGAUCUAGGCAGAUCCAACAUUAUCAAACAAGAGUGUAAUAAUAUGGUUAGUUGUCGAAUUUGUUUGUAAGUUUGUAAAAAUGAUCUGCAUAAAAACAUUGUCAUUGGCAUAUACUUAUAGGCUAACUCAUUAGGGAGAAACAUUGUAAGGCCCUUUGCCAAUGAUGAAUUGGCAAAGGAUUUUUAUGUAAAUGACAAUAUCUUGAACACGUAAAUCAUGGUAGUUCAACUUCAGUUCUUCUUAUAUUGUAAGUGAGCAAUGAUAACAUUGCCAUUGGGCUUUUGACAUUUUAUCACUUUUUUGAGAAAUCAGAAACCUAUUCAAUACACAAUGAUGAUGAUAGAGAAGAAUAUCUUUUUUGUUUAGAUAACUGAACAAUCAUGCAUGUCCCCGCAUGUCCUCGGCAAAAAUUAACACUUUGGUUUAUAUCUUUGAGACAAUAUUAUUUAAAUAUUAUGGUAAUGAAUUUAUUUUAAGACAGUAUAUUGAUGUUCGUAUGUAAAGAGUUACUUACUUUAUAGUUUUAGUGUAUAUAAAGUGUUCUUUUAUCUUUAAAACUAAAGUUGUAUAGUAUAGACUAUAGUAACAUUCGAUCAGAACAAAUAAUUUCAAUUUGAAUGGCUGUAAUCGUGUAUGAUUAUAUUAUAUUUCAUUACAAUACAUUACAUGUUAUAUGUAAAUAUAAAGAUUUUGUUAGCAUCGCACUCGAUUGAAUAAUAGCCUACUACUCUUGAAGGGUCUUCAACUAUAUAUUAUAUACCCUUCAACUAUAGUCUAUAUAUUAUAUGACCUUUAAUAAACAAUUAAAUUUAUGUUCUUUCUAUGUUUUCUGUUAAAUUAACUAUGUUACCGUAAUCUUUGUUUUAAAUCUUUUGUCUUGGUUUUAUAAAUCGUUUGUUGUCAUAAUGUUGUGAUUGUUUAAAGUAGUAUAGGAAAUAUUUGCUGAAAAUUCCGUAUGUUAAUUCCAAAAAGGAAUCAAACCCAAGGUCUCUGGGGUCAUUCAGACAUUAAGUCUUUAGCCAGUGUUUCGACUUUAUUAUACAGGAUCCCAUAAGUUACUAUAUCUUUACACAAUGGGAAAAACAUCUGCCGGCCUGUUUUUUUUAUAUUUUCCCAUGCAAGAUAUUUCUCAUGACACGACUCACAAAAAAAGAACUCAAGUUAAGGUAUAAUCUCGCUACAUGCAUAAUACAAUGUAUAAUCUCGCUACAUACAUAAUACUAGAUUUUAAAAUCGCCUUGUUUUUUAUGUACUGUAGGCUGAACAAAAUUGUGCUAAUUUUCAAAACAACUCAAGAUGUGGAGGGACUCGAAUCUAUCAACAACUCAAGUCUCAACUUUGUCUUUGUUAAAAAUUAACCAUCCGAAAUACGUGUUUGAAAACAUCUUGGAAAAUUUAUGUUAUUGAAUGGUCUUAACAGCGACAUUGGUAUGUUUACAAAACUUCAUGUAAGCUCAUGAAGGCAUAAAACCAUAAUUCCAACGCAUUAUAAAAUUAUUUUAAGCGCCAAACAAAUAUUGACGUCGGUGAUUAUUGGCUUUUAUAGAGCAUUCGGAAACACUUGCGAAAUAUGGCUACGCAAACAGUUCGGAAUGCUAGCAGAACACCUUUCACUGAAUACGGUAAUAACGUAAUAAUAAGAUAAUACCAGGGGUUUGCCAAUGUUUUAGGCCAAAUAUACAUAUUAAAUUUGAUAUCAGCCAAAAAUGUCGGAAUUCCAACUCCCUGUUGAUAGAGACAUGCCUCAAGGGUUUAAUUCCUUUCCUUAGCAAAAGCAACAAAUGUCUUUAAUAUGUCACUAUUACCAUCUUGUAUAUACUAUAUUUCAUACAACAACAAGAAAAACAUAAGCGCGCAUUUUUCUCUUUGAAAGCGCAAUGCAAAACAAGUGUUAAAGGGUUACUGGUGAGAUUUAUUGAACACAAACAACUGAAAAUUAAUCCGUUCCAUACAAAACGUUGACGUCCCCCCCUGCACGCUUCAUACUAAAAUGUAUACUAUAGAUACGCUUUAUUAUACUGUUUAGCAUCGUGCGCGCAAUAGUGUAACGCUUUGCGCAGCCAGCGCGCACUGCAAUGCACACAACGAUCAUGAAUGAAGUGAUUAUAGGCGAAAAUAUUUACACCUAACUGCGAGUAUGCUUGAUUUUUCAAACAAAUUACUAGAAAACGAUGACUAACUAAACGAUUAUCCUACCUCUUCGGACGCUGAUUGCUCGAUUAAGAUAGACGCAAUAAAUACAGCGCCAACUGCUAAUAUUAGAGCAGAAGACCUAUACAAGAAAAACAGUAACUGUAAUUUGUCUGUGCCGAUAAAUUAUAAAGCGAGAUGUAAUAUAACCAGAGAAUUAUAGACAGCACGCAAACACUUACCUCAUAUUGGGUUUAUUUCAACUCGCUUAUCGAAACACGACUUUGAAUACAGCAACGGUAUUACGCGUCUUUUGAUUAAGAUUUAUUUUCAAACGCGAAUAAGAAUGAAGAUAUCUUGACGCAACCUCAACUGACUAUGUCAAAAGAGAUGCGCACUCACCAGUACACAAGAGAAGAUGUUUCUAAUAGUCUCAGAUAAACAGUGACAGAUGAUUGAGCCUGUCAAAAUAUGAGUUGUUCACAUCACUGAUGAUUUUAUCAUAUCGUAUCACAUUCCUCGCCCCAGGUGGUUAUAUUAAUAUAAUUACUAAUGCUCAUCAGUUGACGGACUCACGAAUUGCCAUUAAGCAAGAUAAGAAGGAAACGGUGUGGUCAAACCGAGCCCAGUAUUUUCCUAAUCAGAGGGAUACGAUAUUUCUAUUGGCUGGCAUAGGAUAAAUCUGAAACCUGAGAGGCUCGGUAUAUAUUGGCAAAUCUCGAGCUAGACAUUCCAAAACAAUUAUAUCACGCUAUAUUUAUAUGUUCAUAACUUAAUUGUUGUCAAUUCGUACUUGUAGGUCUUUACAUUUUUCUCAGGUAUGAAGAAUUUUAAAAAGUUUUCAGACUAUGUGUGAGACAUGAAACGCCCAAUGCAUAAUUGUCGAAUAAGUGGAAUAACGCGCAAGUGGCGAAAUUUUGCAUGAUUUGAGUCAGUGUCCUUUAAAAACCAUAUGUUCAAUGUAAAGCCUGUUCUGUGAGUUAGAGAUAAGUCAAACAAGAAGCUCUUAUCUAAUACCUUACAGCAAUAACACCAAAAUAUGGGAAAUAUUGUCAUUGUCUGUAUGUGAAAUGUCAAACUGAAACACACAAUGCAUUCUCUUUGACUUUUCAUACAUUGAAAAUUUGCCAAAAAUGUUCCAUCGGUAGAUUUUCCCAAUUUUCUCGUUAUAUCCUGUUUGCAAAUGUAGCCCUACAUGUUUAGGCGCUAACGGAAACUAUAUUUUAGUGUGGUCCUACCUGGGGUCCAAACCCGGCCUCUCCUGUUAUCGUAAACCGAAUACAUGAUGUUGAACCUGUCCUGAUGCCACCAAUGCGACUUUGGCUGAACGUCUCUUUUCCGACGGUAGAUUAAGCUUACACCACGCACCUGGAUGUUUUGGUGUAUUUAUUCCUAAAAAUUUAAUGUAAAAUCAAAUAUCUGAAAUUAAACCAUAUCUGAAACCAAGUAUACUUCGAAAAGAAGCAUCUCUGGGUACUAUAAAACAAGAAAAGAAGUUAUACGAUAUAAGUUAUACGUUAUAUAUUAUUUUGAUUUUAUUUCAAAAUUUUUAUCGAAGUAUUGCCACGCAUUUUUCGGGUUUUUUUUAUGUGAACUUGAGUUUACAAUUACAAAAUUACUUCUGUUUGAAGUACGUUUUGUUAUUUUUUCCCAAUAUUGUUAAUUGAAAAUGGAUACAAAAAUAAUUGCUAAAGGUAAAAAUAAAGCAGAUGAUAUUACAAUGGUAUGUUUUAUCAAGUUACCGGAAGCAGAAAAUUCCGAAAUAAGGCGUAAACUGUCUCGAUUGCCAAAACCGCCAAAACGCUGUUAUAAUCUGGCCUUUAUUUGAUGAAAAGCGAUGAACCCAGAAAUUGAUGCGGAUUUUAUAUGCCUGCUGGUCUAUGUAUCCACCCUGCAGCCGGAUAUUGAGUUAUCCACCCUAUUGAUGGAACGUCAAUUAUUUUUUUAGGUGUCAAGGACGUCUUGAUGUCUUGACCCUGCAGUAAGUCAGGAUAGCCAUCAAUCAUUGCACUGCGCGGUCUAUGCAAUAUUAAGUUACUUCACAGACAAGCCUGGCACCGUCAACAGAGAGCGCUUUACUGACGGUAACAAAAUCAAGCUUCUCGUUGCUGUUUGCAUCACCCAAAUCAUCAAGUGUUUCUAUAACAGAGAUCUUAAAGACCUUGUGGAGUGAAUGAAGAAAAGGUCAGCAUAUUAUUGCAGUAUAUAACCUGGCGUAUUUACUGGUGCGCGCUAUUUAAACUGCAUUUCUUUAUAGUAUUAUAUGAUGUUCUUUAUAUUCUCUGUAUAGGAUGAUGCGAGCAUUCCUUCUUGUCUUCAUCGUCUGCGCUACGGAAGCUCAGGUACCUUAUUUCAUUGUGUUUACUGUAUCAUAAACUUCAUUUAAGCGUAUGCGCUCGUCCAGCCUCUAUUGAAUAUUAUUUAUAACAAUAAUAUAAUAAUGUUAAUAAUCUUAGAACACAUUUUGCGUCAAUAGCAAACUGUCAAUAACGUACAGAUUUUAAAAGCAUAAAUUGCGCAAAUUAAUAUCGUGUUAAAAGUUGCCCACAUAGAAAUGUAUAUGUUUAAGAAAUCUUACUCUACCUACCCACAAGUGUUUUGUAUUAAAAGUUUGCUCGAGGGGAUAAAACAUAAUCACAAUUCGCAACACAGGGUAAGGGUAAUUGAUUUUCCCGCACGCAACGCGUGCUUGUGAUCACAUAAAACCUUGCACGAUUUUGCCUUACGCAGUUUUAUGUGGUGUGGUAGAGUAGAUACAACCAAACAUUUGGUGUAAAUGAGGUUCUGAUCAAUUAUAUUUCAAUUUGAUAUUAUUUAGUUGGCCCAACGCGACCUCUACUUGUUUCAUUUAUACCUCAUCUAUGUCAACAAUAUUCCAAAAGAUUGCAAAAAUGCUUCUUCAACUUUACAUACAUUAAAUUUUCUUUCUUUAUGCACGUGUAAAUUAAUUAAAGCUUAAAAUUUAGCAGUUUUGUAACAUAUUAAAUAAGCGGCGUAAUAGUAAUCUUCGCUAGCAGGGGGGGAGGUCGAAUUUUCUCAGUGCGCGUCGCAUAAAUAUUGUAUUUUUAAAUCUCUAAUCUGGAUAACACGAAUGACCUUAUAUAGGUCGUCUAAAUCUUUCAAGUCAAGGAAAUCUGGCACCAGAAUUUGAAUUCUUCCGUGUAAUGAACUUCUAAAGUUGUUUUUCUACCAAACAAAUUAUAUGGCUAUACAUACAGAUGAUGUAAGGCCUAUCUUUUGAUAUUUGGUUGUCUGCCACAUUCCUACAGUACUUAACACGUAACCUUGCUCCUUUCAAAUACUUUAAUAUACACAAUUAUAAUUGACUAAUAAUAUAUCGUGAUAACGUAACCUUGAAACUUUGCCAAAGAAUUAUGCACCCAAACCUCAAAUGUUUCCUUUAUCCUGUUUAAGAGCUAUGAAUAUCUCAGAAAAAUUAAUGUCUGGUUUACCAUCCGGUAUUCACAUAAAAAUAAUAGACAAUUCAAUUGUGUUCAGUUUAAUUUUAUAGAAAUCGGAGCUACCAAGUGUCAUACCACUCCAGAACUAAAGUGUUUACAGUCUCUAGCCUUCUUUUAUCAAUCCGCAGCUUUCUUAUUAAGAGACAUUUUUUCCAUGUCGCAUAUGCGUUGAUGAAAAGCGUUCAAAACCUAUUUUUAUAAACAUACGGACUCCUUCCCGCCCCUUGAUUCGUCUUCCAUUAUUGUAAAGUUUUUUUAGUCCUCAAGUAUCCUGACUGAAAUAAUUAAUUUAUAUAAAUAAUUUAUUUACCCCUUUCUACUGUUACUGGUUACAGAAUCGCACAGUAAACAUGAACUACUGUAUUUGGAAGCUAAGGCUUAGGUGAGAUUAUCUACUAUAAAAAUACCUAUAAUAUAAAAAUGUAGGUUUAGGUUCCUGUCAUAUCUUUUUGCCAAUAAAUCAAACUGUGAAAUUAGAGACCAAAAUUGUAUUGACUGGAACAUUCUAUUCGAACGUUUGCAUGCAAAUAUUACUGGAAUACUGGGUACAUUUUUUUGUGGAAUUCAACACCCUUUGACUUUGUUUUGUUUGUCUACAUUAUUAACGAGGAAUCUUAUACUAAUCUAUGGAUGAAGAUCAGUUAUGAAAAAUGCAAAAAUCGCGCCAUAGAUCAAGACUAAAUGUUGAUGUACGGAAUACUUGAAGAACCCGUCAAGAACGAAAAUAUGAUUAGAAUGUGCAAUUUAAGCUCUGUACAAACAGAAUCGCGAGAGGGUGCGGUUCGUGUGUUAAGAACAGUAGGGAAGAAAGAAAGAUCAGAUUGGGACAAUAUUACGUGAUUUUAUUCAAAAGAAAUGAGAUUUAGGGCGAUUUGAAUUUUGUACAUGCAAAUCCAAAUAUUACUCGAGAGAGCAAGAACUAACGAGAUAAUCUAAUUGGCGCGACUUCAUUGCGACAAAAUAGGGCGACCAGAAAAAAAUGGUGCGACUAGUCGUGAAAAAGUUGAGGCAACUCGUGAAAAAAUUGUAGUAACUCAUGAAAAAUGUUUCAGAGUGCUAUCCUGAAUAAUAAUAGUAAACAGUUGAUCGCGAAUGAAGUAUGAAUGAACAUAGUUAUAGUUAGUUUGUAGUUGUUAUUAGUACUUAUUAAGAUGGGAAAACACUCAUUUUCCUACCAUACUAAUGCCUGAAACAACUUCGCUAGUCAAAGUUAAUCAUGCAUGAAACUUGAAAGUUUUGUAAUGAAUUUAAACAAGCAAAAUUUUAGGAAAUUCUUUUAGGAUAAAACGUGGAUUCUUGUUCUCACAAUUAGAAGUGGAGCAAAAGUGACGCUUGGUGUUGUUUCGGCAUCAAAGUAUUGCCAAAGGGCUCCAAAGUAAAUCCAAAAUUUUACUGAAACAUGCUUUCCUCCAAUAUUCAAUUACAAGUGCACAAAAGGACUUAUUAUUUGUUGCUAUAACUAAUCCAAAAAUUGUGACAGUAUGCAAAGAAAGGAACUUGCAUCCAGCAUAGCUUGAAGCCUUGAAGUCGCAUUAUUAAGACUUGGUCACAUCAAAGGCAAGAUGUCAAGCAACUAAUGAAGGUGUACUCUUGUCAGACAAAAGCACAAUGGUGGUGCUAUAUAUCCAGUUUUAAAUCUUGCUAUAACUUAUAAGCAACACAUGAAAACUUUUGAACGUCGUACAGUACCUUCGUAAAUCGUAACAAAAAUAAUAACUAUAUAUGAACUUCUUUGUUACAAAGUCUGAGAGAACGACUAAGGUUGAAGGAAAACCGAAAAUAAACCUGCGCAGAACUCAGAAGUCUGGCACCGGCCUGUAUUGUUACUGACAAACACUGAAACAGUGAGAAGGAAGAAAGAAUAACUAGUCUAUGUACAUGACUAAGGACAAAAUAGACUAAGCGCAGAAUGUAAUCCAUUGUAAAUAAAUGAUUUUCAUUGCCAGCGAGUAAAUUCAGGAAGUGUCAACUAUUACGUGAAUUUCUUCAAGUUAUAUAUAUGAUUUUUGAGGGCCGUUCACAGCUUGUAUACAGUAUGCAAACCCAUAUAUUUGACUUAGGGAGUAACUCAAUGUACAUAUCACAUCAAUUCUAAAGAGAAAAGUCUAAGAGUAAAGGUGUAUCAGGUUUGAAUAGAAACAGUAUAGGUUGCACAACAGGUUUUGGGAAACAUCGCAGGUAACGUUUAUUUUCACGGGAAACAGGAUUGAAAGCAACCUCGUUCCCAGGGCUUUCGUGUAACCCUAGGAACGAGGUUGGAAAAUAUGAAAGGAUAACGUGAUUGAACAAAUGAGUAAUAAUAAUAAUAAUAAUAAUAAUAAUAAUAAUAAUAAUAAUAAUAAUAAUAAUAAUAAUAAUAAUAAUAAUAAUAAUAAAAGUCUUUAUUUCUCUACUCAAAUCAAACGUCUGAGUUUACAUAUUAAGAAUAAAAAAUUUGAUUCUUACUGUUAUUUACAUCAAUUUUUAGUACUUUAAAAUUCUAAGGUAUAAGAAUAUAGAUAUAUAGUUUAUAUAAAAUUGAAAAGACAUCUAUUUAUAAACGCGUUUUUGAACCUCUCAGUUUUAACAAUUGGUAGUUCAAAGUCAUGACCUCUCCGUCGUAAAGGUCGAUUUAACUUACUAGGUAAAAGAUUGCGUAAGGCAUUCUUAUCAUCAUUUAUAAUUCUUGACCAUAAUUUCUUGUCUCUGUUCGAUAUUGUUGCUUUAAAAUCUGAUCUGUUGCUUGUAUAACCAUUUCUAUAGGCACGAUUGACAAACUUAUCAAUUUGACUUACGUAUUUGUUGUACGAUGCUCCACCCCAAACUUCGACUGCAAAGGUGAAAAGAGAGACUAUAAGACUAUUGAAGAGAAGAUCCAAUUGAUGUGUAGAGAGCCCGUAGUGUUUACAAACCCUUAGAAUAUACAUUCUUCUACUAGCUUUUUUCAUCAUCUCUUCGAAAUGUUUAUCCCAUUUACCAGGUAUGUCUUCCAUCGUGACACUCAAUAAUUUGAGCCAUUCUUUCCGUUUUAUGGAUGGGAUGUGAUCCGGAAGGGGAGUAGACACUUUUCCGCGAACUAUCAUUUCAUAGGUUUUCUCCAUGUUUAAAGACAUUCUAUUCUCGUUUGACCAUAGCUUCAUAUUUUCUACUUCAUCCCCAGCUGAAUCUUCGUAAUCAUAAACUGGUGCUAUUAUUGCAAUAUCAUCAGCAAAUUUGGAUAAAUCAUUGGAGAGACUCACCGCCUUGAUAUCAUUGACCAUUAUAGUAAACAUUAUAGGCCCAAGCACAGUACCCUGGGGUACGCCACGAUUAGGAAAACUCCAGGCUUCAUAUAAUUAAAGCCUAUAUUUUACAAUCUUAUCACUAGUAAUAUAUUAAAAACAUGGUAAUAUAUUAUAAACACAAUUUACAGAAGCCGGUGCUUUCCUAUCUACAGCCACAAGUGUGUUUAUAAUGGUGAUUACUUUUGGACUUUCUGUCAAUCCGUCUUCCCCAGUGACGUAGGAAUGCUCCCCACCCCUUGACUACGAGCAAAAGUGAAAAGCUGAAAUCCGGGCAGAAAUGGGAGGAUGGGGCAGAUAAUGAUUCCUAUCUCUUCUGUUUACCAAUAAAAAGUUGUAGGUGUUCCCAUCUAGAAUCCUAACUCCAGUAAAAAAUACCUCAGUAUGGUGGUUGAAAGCACAUUUGAACUUGAAUUUACGCGCAAGCAGCACUGCAGCAAUCAAAGUUCAAAGUUCAUUCUUUUUAUUACAAUAUAAUUUCCACUUCAAAAACGAAGACAUCGUACUAUUUUGCUGUUGUAUUUGUGUGUACAGUACAAUAUUGGUUUUACAAAAAUGUUUUUUCGAUCUAACAACAUUAAUAGGCGACUUAAAAAUGGCCUUUUUGGUUGUAACUUUUCGUCAAACCUUGUUCUAAAAUACGCGAAAUUGCGUUCUAAUGAAUCUAAAAAUUCAAAAUUUUACCCCCGGACGCCCCUAGAUUCCUCGCUCGCACCUCAAGUGCCAUAAAAAUUUUGGCUCCCCGAAGUUUAGAUCCUGGAUACGCCACUGGUCUUCCCGAUUUCCGUCGAAUCACAGAAUAGAUACUGGACCAGAAGUGUCACUCAGACGAUAUUUUGUCCGAAAUUUUACGAGUGCUGACGUGAAAAUACGCCAUCAUAUGACGCCAUCCUGGAGUGUACACGGAAGUUUUUCAUAGGAAAACAUAGGUACAAAGUGCCGUGUGCACUCCAGGAUUGGCGUCAUAGCACGUAAAAGAAUUUCGGACGUUUUCCUUCAGCCAAAACACAUAGGAGUGUCACUUCUGGUCUGGUAUGUAUUCUGUGGUCGAAUGUUGGCACAGAAUAAGAAAUACUUCAUGGAACCAGAAUAUAGUUGAGACAAAAAAUUCAAGAUGUUAACCGUAUACAAGGUUGCUAAUACAGCAGUAGGCUUUGUAAUUAAUUUUAAAAGUAAAUUCUAACAUUAAUUUUCGAAUAAUCGAAUUACUGGUUUUGCAAAUCCAGGUGAUGUCAGGAACCGUGGUUUUUACGGAAGGGAAACAGCAUGCAUAACAUUUAUCAAACCCCAAGAUAAUUGAAAAUAUAUUGACCUAAUCAGGAGUGUAGUAAAUGGGGAUCAGGGGCUGAGACCCAGUACAUAUUUAAAUUUUUGCAGAUUGCAUAAUCACAUUAACCUGGAAAGUUCUUUCAACAGUAGUGUUUUUGUAAAUUGUGUAGCUCUAACAUGAAAUACCUUCCCUAUAUCGGAAUCUUUAAUUUCAAAUUAAACCCUUUCUUCAUUUAAAAUACAGUAUUGAAGAAUAGCUAGAAAGCCUAGAACCAAAAAUAAAUACUGAAACUUUUCAUGUUUAUCAUAUACACACGCCUUGUCACCUCAUAUUCUCUUUGAGUAUAUUUGGUAUUCUUCUUAGCAUUUAAGGCCUCAUGUACCCAACCACCAAAUAUUCGUGCACUAACAGUAUCCUGUAUAUCGUAUUUACUCAUUCCCUCGAUUAAGCAUCACAUAUUAGAGAAAAAUUAUUAGAGGCGCCGCCCGAUCGAAUAUGCGCCGCACUUUUUUGCAACUGCAUGGAAGCGCCGUCAGAAAGGAAAGAAUAGUUCGAGAAUACCAACCACGCAAACAAAUCGUCCUUGGGUACGAGGUUCAAUCUUUAUCAAGCCUCGGAAUUGUUUUCCUGUAUUUUUUAUGCUCUGUUUUGCUGCUAACAUUUCUUGUUUGCGUUUAGCCCACUUUUUAUCUGUAGUGAUCAAUGAAAACCUUCAUUUAAUCACAGUUAGUUUAAUCAAAGCGUCUGUCUGCCUAUCUAGAAAUCUAGUUAGGCUAAUCAGUUCAUCUGUUGAGUGUCACAUCUUGUGCAGUUGUGGUUCGAAACUAAAUAGUAAUAAAGAUGCCUUUUGGAAUUUAUUGAGUCGUUGUUCUUGAAUUUAUUUAUACAAUUAUCUACAGUAUAUAUCUUAUAUAUGUAAUCAGUGCAGACCAUAAAGCAGUACCAUUCCAUGAAAUAAUAUACUUUUUUAUAUUAAAUACAUGAACAAAUCGCAUGAAUUUCAUUCAGCGAAAGGCCAAGAUAAAGAUGUAAUAAAUUUAGAAUAUAAAGAAAUAAAAUGAUCUUAUAUAAAAAUGUUAUUUUAUAAAGUAAAACAAUAUGAAGAUAACACCGCAAAGAAAUCCAAGACGUGGAUUAAGGGGUGUAGAUAAAAGGAGUAGGACUGGAGGACUUGAAAAAAUGAUAAUAAUUUAAUAUUAUUAAUAUUAACUAUAAGAUUAAUAAUAUUAUUAAUAUUAUAUUUAUUUAUUUUUAAAAUUAUUAUCUACACCCGUGAAUUAAGUUAAAAUAUUAAUUAUCUACACCCGUGAAUUAAGUUAGAGGGACAGAAUUUGUCUUAUUUUAAUCCAUAUCUUGGGUUUCAAGAUGCUAAUCUUUGAUUUACUUUAUAUAUUACGACUAUCGAGAGGUUUUAUAUCUCAUCUUCCAUCUACAUGUGGUAGUAUAUCUAUCCGACCAGCCAUGGUAUGAAUCUCACUUCGAAUCAAGGAUUCAUCAGUAGGAAGUAUCAAAGAAGGCAAGAAAAGAAAAGAAAUCUAAACUACAAACUACCAUGCAUUUUUGGGCUCCUAUGCUCCUAUUUAUCUGUUUUCGCGCGUGAUGCUCGCCCGAGCGCCUGCCCGAGCGCCACGCGCGAGCGUGAUAUAUUUUCACGCUCGAGCUUUCAAAACUUUUCAAAGCUAUGAGUAUGAGAUUACAUUUAUAAAAGAGACAAAUAUCAUGCAUUUUUGGGCUGCCUAUGCUAGGAGGGGGAUAAUUGGAAAAAUGAUAACAUUCAACACUGGCUUUAUAAGAGAGGGAUAAUAACCUUGAACAGACUGAACUCAACUUCCAGCAUGAAAACAACGUUUAGUUAUGGGAAUUUUUGGUGCAUUGCGGAGGACUUGGCUCCCCCAGCUUAUACGUGUACAAUCAUCGAAUCUUGCUUCGAAUCUUUCCUCGAAUCUUAUUAUAUCUCACUAAUAAGUUCUUUACAUGUUAAUAUAGCAAUAAACAUACUUAAUUUUUUUUUGUGAAAAACACCACGUUUAUUUAUUUAUUUAUUUAUUUAUUUAUUUAUUUAUUUAUUUAUUUAUUUAGUAAAUCUCUCUGCAGUCUGUAUUACCCAUUGAUGUGUCUUAGUACAGAUCUGUGGUAUUACCGGGUUAUCAUCAGUGCAAUUAUUUGUAUAUCCAGGCUUACGGAUCUAUUCCUAAACAUACAGUAUAGCUAAUUUGAAAUGUUCGACCAACAAUCCAAAGAAUGUAUAGUCCAAGUAGGGUUCAAGUUUAUAAUUUGUCGCAGUGACAUAAGCCAAGGGCAUGUUUCUGGCAUAUAAUAAUAUAAAUAAAAAAAUCGAUUCUGAUUGGUUAAGAGGAGUGUAAUUUUAUCGAAAUGCAACCCCAAACUGAUCACCAUGCAUGUAUUCGAUUGGUAUAAAAUAAAUAUGAAAAAGUCUAUUCCGUUGUCUCAACGCGAAGGUUAGCAUUUGAUUUCACGUCCUACAGACACUAAAUAUGAAAGUGAAAUAAAUUAAAUAAUAUGCGAUUGAAGCCUGAUCCUUACUAACAUAUCCUGAAUCCGGCUAUUAGUAAAACACGGAGCACACGGAGCACGGAGCACACGAACUACGGAGCACACGAACUACGGAGCAGUAGAAAAACGAAAAUCCUUUAUAAUAAAAUACACUGUUUACUAUUACAAAUUAAAGUUUUUUCGCGUUUUACACGUUGAGGAAGUAGAAAAAUGGGGCUUUUACUGCACAUAUGAUGCAAAACUGCCAAAAGCCAUAGUAUUUAAAAUAGGAUUGUGCCUGUGAAACUCGUUAUCUCAUAUCUAUCAAGCUUAUGAGUUAUGUAGUUAUAUUAUAUUCCGAUGGCCAACGCAUUAAGAAACACUUAGAGAACAGCCGAUAUAUUUCGUUACCCCUGCCAAAAAAUAGCCAAGUACUCAUCUUUCAAUGUAGCGGGUCGACUGAACAUUAUAAAAGCUUGUCAUGGAGAGAAGUGAAUUUUCGGUUUAUCUUUCGUCCCAGUGACCAGUGAGCAGUGUGCUGUACGGCCUACGUUUAAACCGUUAUACAGUAAUUACUGCUUUCAUUCUUUCAAUCCGUUUUGAAUAUUCGGAAUCAUUCACUAUUAUACUAGAAAAUACAUGCAUGCAGAAACCCUCGCCUUGCUGACAAAACCGUUGUAUUUUCCGAACAGGAAGUAUCUAAAGUCGUUGUCAUGGUAACACGAUAAUUUUUUAAGAAUAUUCUUACAAAUGAAAAUCGCCUAAAAAUAUCACUUUUAAUUACAAAAUUAUCAAUUUUUUGUUUUUAUUAGCUUCGCCAACUAGGGCAGGGUCACCACAACAGCAUAUGCCAAUUACUGUGGGCCCUUUUUACCUAACCCACCCUGUCAACUUUUCCCUGUGGGAGGAAACCGGAGUACCCGGGGAAAGGGACGUAAUACAAGCUUCAAUUUAAGGUAAAAUUCAACCACAAACAAUUCACAAAACGUUUUAAAGUGUUCUUUAUAAAACUAAACUGCCUUUAACUAUUAAAUGGCUUUAUCGAUAAACUUUGAGUUUGCAAUAAAAUGAUUACAAAUUCUCGCUUGCAAAUAACUUUGGUCUUUGCUUUAUUUUUUAUUUAAAAAAUUCAAUAUAAUAAAAAAGGGAAUCAAUAUUAAAGUUACACUGAAAUUUAUAUAUGCUGUCUUGUUUAGGGCCAUUCCAUUUAAUGUCCACACCCCCCCUACGGAUGAGCUUUUCUGAAGGGUGACUCAAAAAGUCGUUUCUGAGGGGUUAAGCCUGUCGGCAUCCUUUGAUCUCUGCGAUUUUUCUGAGGGGUAAGGGGAAAAUUUACAAAUUUCUGAGGGGUGUUUUGUGUCGGCACUUUGAUCUUUUUUUCUUAGGGGUUAAAAUUUUACUGACCUCAUCCGUAGGGGGGGUGUGGAUAUUAAAUGGAAUGGCCCUUAGUUGUUUCAUAUACGCAAAGGCCGUCGGGUUUUAAAGCCAUUAUAAAAUCAAUAUUUAAAACAAACUUACCUUCGUUAACGUCGGCUCCCUUCUUUUAGCUGAUUCUUUCGCCCUUUCUUUCUUGAAAUUUACAAAAUCUUGCAGAAAUACGAGCAAAAAUGAAAUAUAUUUGCAAGAAAUUUAUCAAUCAUCAAAUCAAGAAAUGUUUGCUAUUUCGCUGUCGUCAUGCAGUCGUUAUAAUGCAAACUUUAAAUUGGACCAAUCAGUGUCCGUUAUUCAUGACAAUCCGCCAUAUUUUUGAGAUCAGUGAGGAUGACCACCCAUCGUUGGUGACCGACGCCCGCGCUCAUUGAUGAACUUUAGACUUCGCUAAUGCUUUCGUUUCUCCGGGUGUAAAUAGCCGGGGGGAAUUAGUACCCUCGCACGGCGCUUCGCGCCGCCGGCUCGGGGAUUAUAAAACUGUAUAAGAUAGCUGUAGAACUAUAAAUGCUGUAGAAUAAAAUAAAUAAAGAAAACUACGUUUUAUCGCGGUACUUGCCGAUAAAUCGGUAACCGCUACAGAAAAACAGAACAAAUUACAGUAAUCACAACAAACCGCGGAAGUGGGACAAUUUUUGUAUUUUUACUGUAAGACAUGCAGAACAUGUACGAAAUCCAUACAGAAGUGUGUGUGUAUUCUAUACUUUUGAAACAACUAAAUCAGACUUCGGAAAAUUUGACAGUAUUAAAGCUACUUUUGAGAAUUUAGAUUUUAGGUCUUUGUUUUACAUGUACCCAGUAAAUAUUUUUGAGUUUUGCGCUUUGAUUCUCACAAGCUUACAAUUUGUUUACAAUUUACUCUGGCUCUGCCGUGCUGCACGGCAGAGUUGAUCGGAAUUGUAACAAAUACGCGUACACUUAAAUGGCUUCCUGAAUUUAGUCAAUCAGAUGUGUAAAAAUUACUCGUUUCAAUUUCAUGUUUAUGCUCGAAACUGCUCAUGUUUACAAUAGCAAUUCUAACAAUCUUGCCCUCCUUUUCGCCUUUGAGGCGUUGGUGUUGAUUUAUACACAAAAUUCAAAACUCAAAAAUAUUUACUGGUCUGGGUACAUGUAAAACGAAGACCUAAAAUCUAAAUUCCCCAAAAUGCUUUAAUACGGUCAAAUUUUCCGAAGUCUGAUUUAGUUGUUUCAAAAGUAUAGAAUACACACACACUUCUGUAUGGAUUUCGUACAUGUUCUACAUGUCUUACAGUAAAAAUACAAAAAUUGUCCCACUUCCGCGGUUUGUUGUGAUUUUAAUACUGUAAUUUGUUCUGUUUUUCUGUAGCGAUUACCGAUUUAUCGGCAAAUACCGCGAUUUGAAAACUUACUUGUCUUUAUUUAUUUCAUUCUACAGCAUUUAUAGUUCUACAGCUAUCUUAUACAGUUCUAUAAUAUUGUGAAUGAUUCCGAAUAUUCAAAACGAAUUGAAAGAAUGAAAGCAGUAAUGAUGUACUGUAUAACGGUUUAAACUUAGCCGGCCGUACAGCUCACUGCCACCGGUCACUGAGCCGAAGGAUAAACCGAAAAUUCCCUUUUCUCAUCACAAGAUUUAAUGUUCAGUCGAUCCGCUACAUUGAAAGAUGAGUAUACUUGGCUAUUUUUUGGCAGGGGUAACGAAAUAUAUCGGCUGUUCUCUACAGUAAGUGUUUCUUUAUGUGUUGCCCAUCGGAAUAUAAUAUAACUACAUGAGCUUGAUAGAUGUAAGAUAACGAGUUUCACAAUCCCAUUUUAAAUACUAUGGCUUUUGGCAGCCUGGUUUUGCAUCAUAUGUGUUUUUCAGUAAAAGCCCCAUUUUCCUACUUCCCCCACGUGUAAUACGCGAAAAAACUUUGUUAAUAAUAACAAAAAUUUGUAAUAGUAAACAGUGUAUUUUAUUAUAAAGGAUUUUCGUUUUUCUACUGCUCCGUACUUCGUGUGCUCCGUGCUCCGUGUGCUCCGUACUCCGUGUGCUCCGUGCUCCGUGUGCUCCGUGCUCCGUGUGCUCCGUGCUCCGUGUUUUACCUAAUAGCCUCCUGAAUCCUGUAAUCGAGUACCGUGACCGAUGACAAGGUGACGAUUAGGUUUCAGGGUGUUCUACGGUCAGGAUAUCCCAGAUCCCAGUCAGGAUAUGUUAUUUCCUGUUGUUUGCAUAUUUAACAUAUAUCACAAUAUCACAAUAUCUUAUUCUAUAGGAGGGUGGUUCUGGCUUUUUCACCCGGCCACCAAUCACUAUACCACCAGCUCCAACUACAGAUGAACCAGCACCAACAUUACCACCGGGACCAACAAAUCCGCAACCAACACAAAAAACAGAACAACCAAAAGUAAAAUACUCUUUUGUUUUAUAAUUUGGUUCACUUUAGUUGGAACAUAUCGGUCGUGUUAGAGACGACAUCAACACACGGAUUUAUGAUAUUUCGAAAAUUUGUAUUAAAAAUAUAUUAAAAAUUUACAUCUUUGGUUUUCAGAGUGGAGGAUGUGAAUAUGGAAAUUGCCAACCAAAGGGUGAUUGUGACUGUCUCAAGGGACAAAAAGGAUCACGGGUAAGUUAUCUUUUCGUUAUGUUGUUGUUGUUGUUAUUGUUGUUGUUGUUGUUGUUGUUGUUGUUGUUGUUGUUGUUGUUGUUGUUGUUGUUGUUGUUGUUGUUGUUGUUGUUGUUGUUGUUGUUGUUGUUGUUGUUGUUGUUGUUGUUGUUGUUGUCGUUGUUGUUGUUGUUUUUGUUGUUGUUUUUGUUGUUGUUAGGGGGCGACGCUCUUUGAAAAAACCCUAAGGCUCCGUCAUUACUUGUCCGAUCGGAAUGAAACUUGACAUAAUUAUUCUAAGCAAUAUUCCGCAUCAAUUGACGGUGUUCGAUUUUCAUUUUUGACUUUAGAAGCGAAAUACAAGCAAUUUUUGACUGUAUUCGUAGCAAUUAAUAUAUACAUAUCAUUAAUAUUCAGCAAAUAUAUCAGCAAACGCAAAUAAGAAAGACAUUGUCUUUUCUAUUGUUCGUUGUGAACACAAUCACAAUAGUCUAAAGCUUCUCAAGAAUGUGGACGGCUAAUUAUAACGAUUUAUUAUAAGCGUUAAGACUUAAGUUGACUAAUUUAACACGCUGGCUUAGUUUCUCAAAGCGCAGAGGAGUACUACAGGGUGUCCCAAAAAACCCGAAAACUAUUGAAAUCACUUAUUGUUAAAUUCGAAUGCCCUACCAAACAGCUGGACGUAAUGAUGCGUAAAAUAUUGACAAGGUGCAUGUAUUAGAAUUUAGUUAGGAAUAUCUCCUGGUAAAGUGCGCGAUUUUCUGCUCCUGGGAAUUAAAAACAGGUUCUUAAACAGUUUCAUUAUGCAUAAAAUUUACUUAUGUCAACCAUUUAUGCACUCGUGGGAACCAACAGAGCGCUAAGGCAUUCAAAUUCUAACAAUUAAAUUGUUAUUGGUGAUUUCAAUAGUUUUCUGUUUUUUUUGGGACACCCUGUAUACCAGGCGCAUGAAAUCCUGUGCUUAACAACAACAGGAUAAAUUCUAUAGCGUCACUUUUUUGGGGACACCACAAGGUGGUUUUAAGAAACUUGAAAUAUUUAUGAUGACAUCGACAUCAUAGUUUAUGACUUUUAUCUAACGUACUUUACAAUUUAUGUCUCGUUCUUAAAGGCCCUGUCACACUAUUGCGUAUCGUACUAGCGUAUGCCAGCGUAUGAAAAAUAUCACUCAUACGCCUGUAUACGCUGACAUACGCUAGGGCUACGUUAGGCAUAGGUUGUAUACGUUUCAAGCACGGUCGCACACGGCGAGGCAGAAAAUUUAUUUUAAGCAUGUUCAAAAAUUUUGUGCGUAUCGAAGUAUGCUUUAUACGAUAAGCAUACUCUAGGCACACGCUGAAUACGCUAGAGGUACGCCAGAUGUACGGUACUCAUACGCUGGCAUUUCAAAGGAUUUUUGUGCGUAUUGAAAUUAUUUCAUUAAUUUUCAUACGCUUCUCAUACGUUUCUCUCAUACGCAAUAGUGUGACAGGGCCUUAAGAUGUCAGUUUUUCAGUUACAUAAAUGAAUCGAUGAUGUGACAGGCAUGCAAGAUAAACAUUUUACAUUAG